CCUGCUAAACUGCUCCAGCUCGUCCAGGUUGGUGGUCAACAGCCCUUUUCAAGUCAGGCCAUGCAUUCCUAUCAUGACUGAUUUAUGAAAUUAAUAAAAAUGGUAAAAUGACUAGAAGUGAGUGAAUACUUUUUAUAGGCAUUGAACUAUAAUAUAUGAGUGGGUUAAAAAACAAAACCUUGUGUCAGAAUAGGCAAAGUCUGCAGCUCUGCACAGCCGAUUCAGGCUGGUUACAGACCGAAAACAGCACGGUGCAAGUGCACACCGCACUUUUCAGAUUUGCAUUCGCAUGCAAGCAACUCUGCACGCGUCCUUUACAAUGAAUUUAAUAAUUACGCUCUGCUUUCAGUCGCUCUGUCACCCCAAAUCCCUCUGAACACACUGGAGUUUAUGUUUGUGUCAACAUGUUGCAAAGUUCGACGGUCCUGAAAACCGAAGGAAGGAGAAUCCGCGUCAUCCUCGCGCACCGACGGACGGAGCCGUUUGUUGUUAGAGAAAAGCUUUUCCGUGAAAUCUUCACAGACAUCAUUUCCCUCCUUUUACUCCUGAGGCUCGUUGAUUUCCAAACACGGUUCAUGCUGUGAGGCCACAAGAGGGGGCAGUGAGUAGGAACUCCGGGGUGUUCGGUGCUUCUCCUUCUCCUCAUCCCAUUACAGGGAACAUCCUGCAGUUCGAAUUAUAUUCAAACUGCAAAAUCGCUGCUGCCGACAUCUUCUCUUAUUUUUCUUCAUCUUUUAUUAUUAAUAAUAUUGUUAAUGUUCUCAUUUCAUUUAUUUUUUCCGCCUUUGCUGUGCUUGUUGUAGAGGUAUUUAGGCAUGGUAAUCCCUCUGGGCUCUCCGUGCGCGGUUUGAGUCGGAUGAGAUGAAUAACUCACCUGAGCUCAUCCAUAAUCAUGGCCGCAAAGCCAGGCCCCCCCAUCGGCGCGACGCGCGUCAGCUCGCUCCAUAAGUGGCUCGCCGCGUCUCAGUUGGAGCAGAGGAGCAGGAGGAUAGCAGAGGAAGACGGAGCAGAGCUUUCUCUGACGCGCUACAGAGUUAAGAGAGCGCGCGCUCUUUCUGCACCUGGCACUGCGCGUAAAAGUCGCGUCUUUGUUUUUACGCGCGGCGCAGAGUGGAGAGAUUUCUCUUCAGAAACUCCUAUCUCCUGCAACUGUAGUCAGUUCAUUAUAGUGGGGUUUUAUGCGGACUGGCUGUGUAAUGUUGUGUUUAAUUGGAAAGUGCACGUGGCGGGAAACUCUCCACUACUGUUUUUUUUUGUGGGUUUUUUUUGUGUGUGUGUGUGCGUGUGUUUGUUCUGAAAGUGGACUUCCUUCUGUUGUAGGUUGUUGUGGUGACGCGAUUCUUGCGCUCUAAACAUCAAGUAUGGAUCCUUUAUUCAACACCACCGAGGUUCCAAACGGAACAGUCGGCUCCAACGGCAACAACAACGGAACCGCGUACUGGAACCAGUUCGUGCAGCCGGUGUGGAAGAUCGUCCUGUGGGCGAUCGCGUACAGCUGCAUAGUCGUGGUGUCGGUGGUGGGCAACGUGACCGUGAUCUGGAUCAUCAUGGCGCACAAACGCAUGAGGACCGUCACCAACUAUUUCCUCCUCAACCUGGCGUUCGCCGAAGUCUCCAUGUCCGUCUUCAACACGGUGAUCAACUUUGCCUACGCCGUGCACAACGAGUGGUACUUCGGACUGAUCUACUGCCGCUUCCACAACUUCUUCCCCAUCGCAGCUGUGUUCGCCAGCAUCUACUCGAUGACUGCCAUCGCCCUGGACAGGUACAUGGCCAUCAUCCACCCUCUUCAGCAGCGCAUGUCGUCCAAGGAGACCAAGGUGGUGGUUGGUGUGAUCUGGGUCCUGGCUCUGUUCCUGGCCUUUCCCCAGUACUACUACUCCAACACGUACCAGCUGCCCGACCGCAUGGUGUGCUACAUCGAGUGGCCUGAGAAUACCGUGAUCGACUUCAAAAAGAUGUACCAUGUGUGUGUGACCAUCCUGAUCUACUUCCUGCCGCUGCUGAUGAUGGGCUGUGCUUACCUGGUGGUGGGCCUGAACCUCUGGGCCAGUGAGAUCCCAGGAGACUCCUCCGACCGCUACCAGGAGCAGCUCACUGCCAAGCGCAAGGUGGUGAAAAUGAUGAUUGUAGUGGUGUGUACAUUUGCCAUCUGCUGGCUGCCCUUCCAUGUCUACUUCCUGCUGCACCAGUUCUACCCUGAGAUGUUUGAAGAAACGUACGUCCAGCAGUUUUAUCUGGCCAUCAUGUGGCUGGCCAUGAGCUCCACCAUGUAUAACCCCAUCAUUUACUGCUGCCUCAACGACAGGUUCCGUGCUGGUUUCAAACAAGCCUUCCACUGCUGCCCCUGUGUCCCUCCAGGCUCUUAUGAAGGCCUGGAACUGAAGUCUACUCGGUACCUGCAGACCCAAACCAGUGUUUGCAAUCGAAGCCGGAUGGAGACGAUCGUUUCCACUGUCCUUCGUGCCGGGGAGGACGCGGAGCAUCCCAAGGUCAAAGCUAGAGGAGGCCUACUGGGAGGGGCCGCCGUUGGCGUGCAGCCACACAGUUCCUCCCUGGACCUGACUUCGAACGGCUCGUCGUCAAGGAGCGUCUCCAAAACUGUAUCUGAGACGUCCAGUUUCUUCUCCAAUAACAACCUGCAGGAAUAGUCCUGCUUUUCACCAGACAGUAGUCAGAGUGCGUGAGUUGACUGUUCACACGGUUGCUUUUGUCUUUCGAGGGAUUCGGGUGGAGUAUUGAGAGAGUGUGUGACUUUACCUGCUGGCGCCUGUUAGUUUCUGAGUGUGUUUUAAAGGAAAGUCGUCCUAUUGAUCUGGGUCCUUAUUCUCUGAGCACUGCCAUCAGCCACAGCCCUACUGAAGAAAAAAAAUAAUUCAUAAGGAUUCAUGUUUAUUGUACACUAAAGCCAAACGGCAGCAAAUCAAGAUUAGCACAUUCCAGUAUGAAGGCCAAGCAGAAGCUGAAGCUGAAGCUGUCAUCUCCCAUCUUCACAGCUUCCGAUCGUCAACGCCGCUUCCUCUCAGUGCAGAAAAGAGGGGGCGGGGCUCACAGGUUCUCAAUCACACAAGCCAUGUGACUUCACACAGUCUAUUUUGGACCAGAGCCGCCGUAUAGCAUGAGACGAGCGUGAUGCAGGCAGGGCCUGGCUUUAACGGAGGGGCUUCUCUGAAAGACGAGAAAUUCUUCACACGUCUAGCUGAGAGAAGCCUCUGACGACAGGAGCGCUCCGACGUUUCCACCGUGAGGAACAAAGUAUCAAUUCUGAACUUUAACAGAGAAUUUUGGCGGUUGUUGUUCAUGCGUGGGCGUGUGUGUGUGUGUGCGCCACUUGAUCCGAAUGCUAAUUCUUAUCAGCCUGAGCAGGACCGCAUUGGGAAUCCACCGUGCAGAAUGUGUGUCUCCCCGAAAGAGCGCUCUAAAGAUCCCCUGUGGGCUUUUCUGAGAAGUUCUGGCAAUCAGUGCAGACACCAGCAGCGACUGGCUCAUCUUUCAUCUGUCAAAACAUUGACUUCAACAGCUAGCAGCACCGUUUCUGAAAACAAAGGGGUUUUUUUUGUUGAUAUUUUUUUGACGUUGGAAAAGUAACAGCAGGAUGGAUUUCACCUGAAUCCAAACCGCAGAUCAAAGACAACCGUAUUUCAGAGUCCAACAGAUCUAAACAACUCGUAGAGCCCGGCGAGUAACUCACCGGUUCAGAGUUCUUGGCACCCUGCUCAGUGUUUAUCGAACACUUAAUUACGGGAUUAGAGUAGAGCGAUCUUACAGACUGUGAAGGAUUUACAGUGAGUAGCUGCUGUGUCUUUAUGUGCUUUGGCAGGAUUACGUUUACACCUCACACUGUGUCUGGAGCAAACGUCUCCUUGCUUCUGACAUCCUGUGUUUUGAGGUGUAGAUGAUGAUGACUUCUGUCAUGUAGUCAUGUUUAUAAAGUGUAAAUUAGCCACCCGAGAAGGACUAUCAGGGCUGAAAGUCUUUGAGCAUCUUUUGGCCUGGAUUGUUAAAAGUCCGUAGUGUGUAGCUCUUUAACAUGCAGCCGUGUGCCUUGCUGCUUAGCAUAACGUCUGUGAGAGGCUGACAGGAUCACAGCAGCAGCUCAGGCUGCUGUUGUCCAGAGAAACGAGGCUGUGAGGCGAGGAGCCGCAGACACCCACCGGGACAGUCUGUUACAUCCUACAGCAUUAACACCCCACUCCCCACAUUCAUUUAUAUUCACAUAGUAAUAUGACCGGUGGGUUUAGAGUUUAUGCUUUGCUGCACUGUUCUUACUCAAACUCUUAAAAAAAAAGACUUUAAGGUAUAAUGUGAUAUAGUAUUAAUUGUUUAAAUGUGAUAUCUAUGGAAAAGGUUACUACGUUGUAUUCUUUCAUAGUUUCACUUCUCAUAAAUGGUCGGUUUGAUUAAUUGAUGUCUGAAUGUUGUACAAAUUUCCUGCAGUGUGUUUACUGGCUAAAUCCACAAAAUUUACAUAUUUGCUUUGUAAAAGAAAAAAAGAGACAGACAUUAGCUAGGCAUUAGCUCACAUACUGCAGUGCCUCCAAGAAGUCUCAGUGAGGUGUUGAUGUCUCAAAUCUAGUUUUUGUUCACUUAAGGGAAAUGGCUUUAUGUUUGCAUCUUUUUAUAAAUGAUAUUUUACAGAUAUAGUCGGCUUACAUCCUGUUUUUAAAAUGGGUACUGCUGGAAAAAUUUGAAAAUGCCACGUAAACAUCCACACAUAAACACCAGUCACAACAGACUAUACAGUUAGUUAUUUUAAACAAGAAUGUCCUGAUAGGGAUUUUUGUCAGAUGGUUUGGGAAUAGGUAUGUGCUAAUACCGACUUCAAUUUUUUCUUAAAUUACUAGAAUCCAGUUCAUGUACAGUAUGUCCUCAAAACAAAUUACACUCCACAUUUAGUCGGUGUAAGAAUAUGCCAAUUAUAAGCACCAUAAAAUGCUCUUCAUCGAUGAAAGAGGUGCGUCCUCUUCAGCAGUCUACAAUGAACUCUUGUCUUAAACCUGCUAGUUUUAGCUCUUUUAGCUCGCUAGGCUAAAGUUUGCAAUGCUAACUUUGUGAGUUAACUUUAGCAUGCUAACUCACUGUUUGGAUAUGACUUGGUGAUCAUUCUGCUCCUAACACAGUUCACUGUCACUCUCGUAAAAUGUGUGUGCACAAACCGUACGGAAAAGCAAAGUUCUUCACCGUCAUAAAACUCAACAGUAAGAAGACAGAGAAGGUGACGUGACACAGAAAGUAGAAAAAAACUUUAGAAUCUAAGCAGAAAACUCAACAGCAUAAUGUGCCAGGAACUCCCAGUGAAAAUGAUUAAAAACUGCCAUGAUUGGGUCAUCCUUUGUUUCUGUCUCAACUGUUGUGAAACGGUUACAAACCAACUCUGUUGAAAUCACAGUAAAUUUAACCUGUCAAUCAAUGAGGAUUUAAAACUACAUGGAGGUGACUUGAGGAUAUGCAGAAGCCCUGGGGGAAUAACCUGCUUUUAUACGAGUCAGCUUCCAAUUUAAUACGUGAGUAAAAGCAUCGAUUUUAGGAGAUUUUUGGAAUACAGUUGAACACGUUGAGCGAUGAAGACUUAAAGGUUGGCCUUUUUUCUAAAUAGGUUAUUCUGUCAUCCAUGUGGUAGCAAUUGCAUUUGCGAUCCGAUUACAAAGUUAGAAAUGCCUUACACUAACAAAAAGAGAACAUACAGAACUGUAUGCUAAAAUUGAUAGAGUAGAUAUCUUGGUUCACCCAUUCAUACGCUGUGGAGCGAUGGUGGCAAGGGUGGUAGGAGUUCACCCCGUAAUCGGUGGGGCGAUGGAGUGAGGAUCAAACCAGCAACCAACUGGUUGAGCCGGGUGUAUGCCCACUCCACCCACCUCUGCCUACUUCACCCACCUUGCCUGCUGGUGAUAUCGCCGAUGCAUGGCGACCUUGUUUCCGUCAGACUGCCCCAGAGUCUGACAGACUAUCUACUAUCUAGUAGCUUGUCACCAUCGGUAUGUAUACGUGAAUAGGUGAAUGACUGAUACUAAAGUCAGUCAUUGAAGCACUUUGAGGUCCUCUGGAACUGAUAAGGCGUUAUACGAGUACAAACCAUUUGCUGAUGGUGCCAAGUUACUGGAUAGUAGCCACAGCUGCCAUGGAGCAGUCUGAUGGAGUGGAGACUGCCAUGCACUGGCACCACCAGGUCCUCUGACCUCCAUCAGCAGGCAAUGUAGGUGAACUAUCUUGCCCAGAGGCAGACAGAGCAAUUGCUGGACGAACUCCUACAGUCGUUGCCACCAUCACCUUAGAGAUAAUAGUAGAGAGGUUGGGAUAUUGCAGCACAUCCACAGCUGUCUUGUGAGUCUGGAGAAGGUUUAUUACUUUGACCUCUGUGGUAUUGUGUAAGGUUUUGAAUGUUUUUAGGUCUAUCUAGUCCUUGCAUAACUGAAGCAAGUGCAGUGUCCGAUUCUCACACAAAGUCAACCUCGUUCCUUGUGUGGGUUGGACUUAGCCAGGGUAGUUCCUUGUCACAAACCCUGUUUGAUGCUGUUGAUGGCACAGUCAUAGAGACAAGGUGUCUGAUUUGCUUACUUCAGGGUCUUCGAGUUUUGAAGAUAAGAUGUGAUUCUGUUGGUAUCUUCCAACCCUGUCCUUCAGCAUGUACUUUAGAGGUUCACAGCCAAGUGUCACCCUAGUCACCCUCUAAAUCAGAGGUUUUGGACCAGAAAAGGGUUUAUUGCCAUCUAAAUGUCAGGGGGUUGAUCUUUGUUUCAAGCAGCGGAGCUUAGAUAUCUUGGUGUCUGGUUUAUGAGGGAUGAGAGGAUAGACAGAUUGAGGCCGCUUCUAAAUAAAUGCGAGACGUCCUCAUUCUAUCUGUCAUGGUAAAGAAAGCUGAGUUGAAAAGCAAAGCUCUUAGAUCCAUCACCUAUAGUCAUGCUACAUGGAUGAUGACUGAAGGAACGAGGUGCUGAAAUAAACGUCCUCUGAGUGGCCAAGUGACAUUUCUUCUACGUUCGGAGUACAGACGCUGCUUCUAAGUACUAAGAUGAAGUGGUUUGGAUAUCCUAACUUUUGAAGACUUUUAUGGCCACCUCACUGGCAUAAUAUGGACAAUCCACAGUCAUUUUGUCUUCAACAGUCUUUGGUGCAGAUAAAGUUUUUGAUACGAGUCUGACAUUUUCUGCUGGGGAAACUCACAAACAAGUCAACAUUGGAAGUGUUUUCUCUGAGAAAAGCCAAAAUAAGUCCCUGCUGAUUUUUUUUGACAAGAUGUGAUUCACACGUUAUUAGAGUGUGAAUCAUUCUAAUAACAAUGACUCUAUUGUCAUCCACUUUUUUGCCAAAAGGUUUAAUAAAAGUAUGACUUGUGCAAUUAUGUUCCCAAGAUAUGCCAUUUCUCUGUCUUGAAUGGAGUCUCUAUCAGACUAGAGACUGCAAGGGAAGGAUAUGUAGUUUUGUUUGUAAACUAAAAGGAAAAAUGAUUCCUCAUCUCCUAUAGAUUGUGAUGAAUGGUCUUGAUGAUCCAUUCUGUCAUCUGUAUCAUGCGGAAAGGGCAAUUGUGUUUGCAGAAGCUCUGCCAAGAACCCCACUUCUUUCCACUGACUAAAGCUCUUGAAAAUAUCUUUACCAUAUGUCUGAGGAGUGGGUUUGACAUCAUUACGUGUUGAAGUACACUACAGCUCAUCAUGAAAAGCUGCUACAGUCAAAUAUAACCCUCUUAAGCUUUCUUUGUUCAUAAAAAAAGCAUUUGAAAACCUGUCUCCAUCCUCGACUUGAAUAUGAAAAACACUUCAUGUUUUCUAACUGUUUAAAAUAAUU